CGCUCGAAUCCGUAAGGCUUCAUUGAAGUCAUCCCCACAGUUUGUUGCCUAAUUCGACAUCUGGUUUGGCGGGAAAAUCUCGUUGUUUGGGCUUUAGUUUUGAUAACUGGACGAUUUAACUUGAUCUAUUGAUUGUGUUAGCAUCUUGAGAGUGGAACUGUCUCUAGGUCGAAACUGAAGUUUCGAAUCAAUGGCAAGGAUCAAGCCACAAACUUUGCUUCAACAAAGCAAAAAGAAGAAAGGGCCUUCGCGGAUUAGUCUUACCACAAUUGUCACAUGCAGCUUGAUUAUCGCUUUGUUUGUGUUUUUCCUGCAUACCACAUAUAGGCAUUGGUCUCAUAGGUCCAAUUUACAAUCAGAGAAUGUUUAUUCAGGUUCUGAGACUGAAAAUGCUGUGUUCGAUGCGAAAAAAACAGAUCUACCUGGAUAUGCUGCUUUCAGUACUUCAAAGGGCUCAAUUGUUGUGGAGCUUUACAAAGAAAGUGCCCCUGAAGUUGUUGAUGAAUUUAUUGAUUUAUGUCAAAAGCAUCAUUUCAAUGAAAUGCUGUUUCAACAUGUGGUGAAACAUUAUUCAAUUCAAGCGGGCAACAACCAAGAUCUUGGGGUUGCAGAAGAUUGGAUUCUGGGAGGAAAACAUCACAGUCAACCUGAUGCAAGUUUGAAACAUGAUGCCUUUUUAGUUGGGACUCCAAGGGGGAAAUCUAAGAACAAAGGAUUUGAGAUUUUCAUUACAACUGCACCAAUUCCAGAUCUUAGUGAGAAGCUGAUCGUCUUUGGGCGAGUAAUCCAGGGAGAACACGUUGUACAGGAGAUUGAAGAGGUGGACACCGAUGAGCAUUUUCGACCCAAAUCUACAAUUAAAAUAAACAACAUUGCCCUGAGAAUGAAAAUAUGAAAGGCUGCCUUGCACAUCGGAGUGCCUUUGGCAUAUUGGGCUCCUACCUUUCAAGUGAGUGUUUUCCUCUUCUCCUAACCUCCAUAUCAGUUCGUAGGGAUAAUUUUCCUGAUGAGACAUGACUCGGAAUUUUCAUUCAAGUAUUCGUUCGGCCACGUUACUGCAGUGUUAGCCUUUGGUGGCUGGGCUAGGAGAGGAGCUUUUCAAAUUCCUUCAUCUUUGUGUAAUAUGCUUUAUUUGGGGACGUGAUUUGGUAGUGUCACUUGUUUUAUAAACUUUGAAAUGUUAUACGGCAGGUGAUUGGAUUUUUGAGUGGCCAUCAGACUUCAUCAUGGAGAUUCUUUUCACUUCUCUUUGGUGGUAGGCGUUAGUACAUCAGAUUGGCGAAUGGAUAUCAAUUUGAUAUAACAAAAUUUUCGUAUAUUCAUUAUUGGAGUUUGUUGUGAUCGAUGCCCAUUACAUGAAAACUAUAUUAUCUCACUUUCAGAUUAUUGAGGUUAUUUGAGCUAAGA